GGACUGAUGACCCUUCAAAUCUCGACGAUUUGAUAACGAUUGCGCCAAAAAGCGGAAUUUAUGCAUAUAAAAGGAGCUCCAAACAGGCAAACACAUGGAAAUAAACCGACAAGAUCCCGCGCAUUUGGUUACUGAAUCGGGCAUCUUAUCGUGGAGUUUCACCGAGUCAUCAGUUCGCCGUAUGGAAGAAAAAGUUUUAGACGGUGUUUACUGCUCACAAUCGAACGAUCGAUGACUUUGGCAUUUGUUUCCUGUUGAUAAUAUCGUGCUGAUACACCGGUGCAGGUUUGUAAGGGAGGAGCUUAUAUAAACUGCGCUGAUCCCUUGCUGUUUUGCUUCUGAAGUCGAGCUUCAAUCUCAUCUCAUCUCAUCUCAUCUCAUCAAUGAAGGACAUAAACACACUGGAGGAUAGGGAAUCCUUGACUGACGCCAACAAUGACCAGAUGGUUCUGGAGAAACUAGGCUAUAAACAAGAGCUGCAGAGAUCAUUUUCGAUUUGGUCCUUAGCAGCGUUUGGUAUUAUUACACUGACACCUCCUACUGCAAUUAUGAACACGCUGACAACACCGCUGUCAACUGGUGGUGCUCAGGCACUGGUUUGGGGUUACAUAAUCGUUUCAAUCUUUACGAUUCUUGUGGCAUUGUCGAUGGCUGAGAUUGCAGCUGUCUACCCGGUUAGUGGUGGUCCCCUGUCCUGGUCAUACCAGCUAGGUGGCUCCAAGAGAGUCAAGAUCCUAUCGUCGUGGUUUACUGGUUACUUCAACAUCUUUGCACAGAUUGCAUUUGCAUCGAGUGCUGCGUUCCAAGGUGUUGUUAUGAUCAUAUCAGCAGCUGCUCUGCAACACGGAGAUUAUGUUCCGGAGCGUUAUCAGUACGUUGUGGUUUCAAUUGGGUUUAUCGUCCUCUUUACUCUCACCAACAUCUUUGGUAAUAAGUACCACUCAGGCUCGACAAUGGUUCUACUGGUCUAUAACGUGGUGGCAAUUGUGGGUAUAAUGGUCACACUACUCGCUACUGCUCCAAAGAGAAACGAUGCCAAGUUCAUCUUUACCGAGUAUAACAACAUGACUGGGUUUUCGUCCCAUGGUUACGUCUUUAUCCUAGGUUUGUUGCAAAGUGCCUACACUUUUACAGGUUAUGACAGUGUUACACACUUAGCAGAGGAGACCAAUGCAAGCACUUCUAACAUCAUUCCAAAGGCACUGAUGACGACUAUAGUGGCAAGUGUUCUUUAUGGCUUUGUAUUUGUGAUUGUUGUCUGUGCAGUGUUGACUGACGUUCCAGAUCUUGUUGAUUCUUCUACCGGCUCUGCUUUCACUCAGUUGGUAUAUAACUGUACACAGAGUACACCUGCUACCGUGUUCAUCAUUAUAUUACCAGCGCUGGCUGCUCUGUUUGCUGCAGAGACCAUGACUCUGGCAAACUCAAGAACGAUUUAUUCAUUUGCCCGUGAUGGAGCCUUCAUAUUCCCAACCUACUUCUCAAAGGUGUCUGAUCGUUGGAACGUUCCAAUUCCUGCUCUGCUAUUCUCCAUGGUUAUUCAAUGUAUCAUUGUCAUCUUGUACUUAUCGUCAGACGUUGUGUUUAACACAAUUCUAUCGAUCUGUACCAUUGGCCAUGAGCUGGCUUAUUUGAUACCAAUUACACUGAUGUUAUUAGGUGGAAGAGGCCGUAUGCCAGCAAAAAGACCUUGGAAUUUAGGCAAGCUCGGAGUUGUUAUUAAUGCCAUCUCUGUUAUAUGGUUGUUGUUCAUCUCCAUAACAAUGUUCUUCCCAACAGUUUCUCCAGUGGACGCCGGUAACAUGAACUACACAGUCGUUAUCAUGUUCAUCGUGAUUGCUUACUCCGUGAUAUGUUGGUUCGUCCAAGGUAGAAAGACUUAUAAGGGUCCUUCCGAGGUUCUUGAGGAAGACAUUGAGCACUUUGAAGCUGAGUCUAUGGAGUUGGUUGAAGUUCAGGAGUCAACAUCUUCAAAGUUGGAUAAUUCCUUCUCUAAAUGAUUAAAGGUUUGUGUUUUUUGAACGUAUAAUUGCAGUUCUGCAGUAUUAAAUAAUAGUCAUAUAUGUAAUGUUUGGUUUUGGAAGAAUCUC